AUGGCCGCUAAUUACUGGGCAUCAACCCAGCGUCGACACUGGUUGUUCACCAGAGAGCGACUGGCUGAAAUUCGAGAAGGCUUAAAGGAGAAAGACAAAGUCGCGCACUCCCAGUUUCCCUUGCCCGAUCAACGAUUGCUCAAUAUCUACUUUAGCCAGCAGCUAGGCAGGCUUGGCAAAAGGAUGUCGACUCGACAACAAGCUUUGGCCACUGCCCAGGUGUAUAUUAAAAGAUACUACACCAAGAACGAAAUAAGGAGUACAAACCCUUAUCUUGUCCUUACGACUGCAUUCUAUCUUGCCUGUAAAAUGGAGGAGUGCCCUCAACAUAUCAGAUUCGUUGUCGGCGAGGCCCGCGGCCUCUGGCCAGAAUUCAUCGCUCCAGACGUGUCGAAGAUAGGCGAAUGCGAGUUCUCCUUGAUUUCAGAGAUGCAUUCCCAGCUUAUUGUGCACCAUCCCUACCGGACUCUAUCGGAUUUGCAAGCUGAGUUAACCCUUACCUCAGAUGAGGUUGCUCUUGCAUGGUCUGUGAUCAAUGAUCACUACCUCACCGACUUGCCUUUACUGUACCCUCCUCAUGUCAUUGCCGUCAUGGCAAUCAUUGUUGCCGUUGUCUUCAAACCUAGCAGCCAGACCUCCUACCAUGGCCACCCGGCACCAAUAGCCGGGGCAAUGCGAGAAGGGGGCAUGAAUAUCCUUGCGGCGCUCGGGGAUAAAGGUGGAAGUGGACCUCCUGAAAGGAUUCAAAAGCUCAUUGCGUGGCUGGCCGAAAGCGAGGUCGACAUCAAAGCUGUCAUCGAAUGUACACAGGAGCUGGUUUCAUUAUAUGAGGUUUGGGAGCAGUACAGUGAAAAGAACUGUAAGGAACUACUUGGGCGAAUGGUGAAAAGCAAAAGCUUGGAUAAGUAA